AUGAAAUCCGUCGUUAUCGCCCUUUGCACUUUGGUUGCGGCCACUGCCGCUCAGGGUUCUGCCAACCUCGCCGCCUGUGGUCAAACCUGCGCUGCCAACAUGUUGAGCGCCGACAAGGCUGAUGAGCUGGGUUGCAAGCAGAAUGACCUGAGAUGUCUUUGUGCCAACAAGAACUUCCUUUACGGCCUCCGAGAUUGCUCCGCGGCUAUCUGCUCGGCUGAGGAUGCCAGAAAGGUUGUUGAGUACGGCAUCAGCGUGUGCGCUGGAGCUGGUGUUGCGAUUCAAACAAGUUCUGGAGGUGGCAGCGGUGGUGCCAGUCGCACUGCAAGUGUGUCUGGUAGUGCUACUGACAGUGUGUCUACGCUUGUCACUGCUACUGCUUCCGGUGCUAUCACUGAGACUCUCCUUACUACCGUCACCUCGGAUGGCACGACUAUUACUACCGGCAUCGCGACCGCCACCGGCAAUGCGAGCAACGGAGUCGUCUCUACCUUCACCACUGCCGUUACGGACUCUGACGGCAAUGUUCACACGUCCACUGGUCAGACUACUCUGAGUGGCACUAUUUCUGUCACUCUCACUGGCUCUGUACCUACCGCAACGGGUACCGACAGCGCCGCCUUGACGACUGUGACUUCUGGCAGCUCUGCCAUUGUCAAGACUCUCACCACGAAGUCCGAGACCGCUACAGUCACUGAAUCAGCAACGCAAACUGAGUCCACCAACUCUGGCGCCGAGGCCACUGAGACUGAGACUGCGACUGAGACGGCCAGUUCAAGUGCUUCCUCUACGUCCAGCACUGGCGCCGGCGUUCCUCAGAAGACCGCUGGUCCUGUCGGUAUCAUUGCCGCCGCCGGCGUUGCCCUCCUCAUGCUCUAA